UAAUGUCUGGAAUUUUUGAAUAUAAUGGUGGAUCCAUAGUUGGAAUGAAAGGAAAAAAUUGCAUUGCUAUGGCUUGUGAUAGAAGAUUCGGUUAACAAAUGUCUACUAUCACAACUAAUUAUCAAAAAGUGUUUAAGAUUCAGGACAACAUUUUAUUAGCAUUAUCAGGUCUCAAUACAGACAUUCACACAUUGUAAAUAAUUAUAUAUAUAUAUAUUAGUUAUGCAUUGAUGGAGAAGGAGAUCAAUUUAUAUAAUUUAAAAGAAAAUAGAAAAAUGAAACCAACCACAUUUGCAAAUUUAGUUGCAUCUGCAUUAUAUGAAAGAAGGUAUGAAUUCUUAAUUAAGAUUUAAGAUUUGGACCAUUCUUUGUUACUCCAAUAGUAGCUGGUCUUGAAAAUGGUAAACCAAUAUUAGCAACAUAUGAUUCUAUUGGAUGUAAAUCAGAUUUGGAUGAUUUUUAGGUUGGAGGAACUGGAGGAAAUUAGUAUAUAUUUUAUAAAUAAUAUUUAGUAUUUAUGGUGCAUGUGAAGCAUUCUUUAAACCAGAUAUGAAUCCAGAAGAAUUAGAGGAAGUUAUUGGAUAAAGUUUAGUGAGUGGUUGUGAUAGAGAUGCCUUAUCUGGAUGGGGAGGAGUUGUAUACGUAUUGACAGAGUAGAAGUUAACAGUCAAAAUAUUAAAGACCAAAUAAACCUGAU